AAAACACUAAAGAGGAAGUAGUUCAGCUAACUUGCUUUUAUUUUGGCAACGCGAACCGGAAGUGUUUACGUCCAGAUUGAUUUAGAGCAUUUGUCGUUAGCUUGGGGUUUAACAAUGCAGCAACGAGAAGAGAAGCAGUUGGAGGCGUCGGUGGAGUCUCUCAUCUCUCGGGUAGCACACGUCAAAAGCGCUCUUCACAAUUUCAUUUAUAAGUUGGAAAAUGAAUACGAGCGAUUGACAUGCCACAGUUUCCAAAGGACCAUUAGUCCCAUUCUGAGGGCCAGUUUCAGCUUCCAUCAGCUGAUGACACAUCUGAAGUCCAUCUCUGGUCAAAUUCUCAAGCCCUCUGUUUUGGACAACUUUGCUCUUCUAUCUGGCCAGCUGAACACCAUCAAUAAACUGCUCAAGAACGAGAAGACGCCAUCCUUUCGCAACCAGGUUAUAAUACCACUGCUUCUGUCCCCGGACCGAGAUGAGGAUUUAGCGAAACUCACAGAGCAGCGCGUCCCGGUGUUCAGCCACGAGAUUGUACCGGACUACUUGCGGACCAAGCCUGAUCCGGAGGUGGAGGAGCAGGAGAAACAGCUGAGUGCAGACGCGGCACGAAUUGGCCCAGAGGCGGCGCAGAAACAGAUCCAGACGUUGAAUAAGCUGUGUUCCAAUCUGCUAGAGAAGCUUAACAAUCCUCGUGAUGACAGAGAUGCAGAAAGUGCAGCAAUACGACAGAACAAACCUUCUUUCAACCCUGCUGACACCAACGCCUUGGUUGGAGCUGUCGCAUUUGGAAAGGGGCUUUCCAAAUGUAGGCCUCCAGGUCCAGGGGCCCCUGGACAUUCAGGACAAGGGCCCAUGAUGAGCGGAGGGCCCACCUUACAGCAGGUCACCAUUGGCGGUGGUUCAGGCCAGCAAGCAGGCGAGGCAGAAAUUCAUCUCAAAUGAGCCUAAUAUAUCAAGGGAGCUAUUUAGUUAUUUGUGUUCACACAGAGAAAAAUGCCAAGCAGCAUCAAGACAAACAUCAAAUCUGCGUCCGGUUCAAUGCAUCCUUACAACCGAUGAGCUCCUGCUUUCUUAUUUCUUCACCUAACAUUUGUUACUUUUCAGAGUGUCACUUCACAGCAACGACAACAUUUACAAAACAUACAUUUCACCUUUUGUGACCUUUUUAUAUAAACCCACAGUUAUUCCUCUUAAGCUGUUUGUAACCAGAGGAUACAUAUUUUGAUAUUUUUUUCAUAUUUAAAUUUUUGAUACAUCAUCUGAGCCACUUGAUGGCAGUAUGUCAUCAUUUGUGGGAUUAUUACAGCUUGUAUUUGGAACUAUACUCUGACUCUUUCAAUAAAAGAUGUGUUAAAAUUA